AAGAGUCAUACUUGUCCAUAUCUUUUUUUAAUGAUUAAAACAAAUGACUGCAGCUCAUUGUCUGAAAAUGAAGUAUGGUUUUGGUUUCAGAAAGCUAUGUCUGUUCCCCGAUGAUCUCAUGAUCUAAAUUUGGCCUCAUUUCUUUUUUUCAGAUUAUCUCAUGAAUCAUGUAUGGAACACAGCAGUAUGACAGUCCACCGCAGUACAGUCCACACUACAUUGUCCCGUCAAAUAUGUACACAUCCAGAAGUUUCUACUCUCAGAGAAGCGAGUAUGGCUUAUACUCUUCAGUGCCUGAUGCUCCUCAAACAGAGGGAAACCCUCAGCACUUCUAUAGAUGGUUCUCCCCACCUGGCAUCGUGAAAAUGAUGGAGGGACUGGUGGCUCUGCUCUGUUUUGUUAUUUUUGCCUGUGUUGCUUCUACUCUAGUUUGGGACAUGCACGGCUAUGAGGGAAGCAUCGGGGCGUUCGUUGCUGGAUCUGGAGGCUAUGGGAUGGGGUCUGGGUACUAUGGAGGAACCUAUGGCUAUCAGAGCUCUUAUAUGACACCCUACUCAGCAAAAUCAGCCAUGAUCUCCAUGGCAGCCCUUAAUUUUGUUGCAUCUUUGGCAAUCCUAGUGGUUAGUUUCUCAAAGACAUGGUGUGUACAUGGAAAAACGUUUUACUUGACAGUUCUAGUGGUGGAUGUGGUUCUGGCGAUUCUACAGUGUAUUAUAGACAUCAUAUUUGUCAUUGGGGUAAAUCCCAUGGCCCAGAGUUCACAAAGCAUCAUGUACAACCCCAUCCUGAUGAUGUGUCAGACCUCAUUAGGGACUCCCAGCAUCAGCGCUGGAGUUGGGACAGGCUUCCCAGGUGCAUAUCCGUCCUUUAAUCGAUAUCUCUAUCACUACUGCUUCAUGGAUCCCGAGGAGGCUGCAGCUCUGGUAUGUGGACUGUUUGUCAUGAUUGCCCUGGUUGUUGCAGCCUAUUUUGCCUAUAAGACUCGAAGCAAAAUAUGGCGCCAUGGCAAACCUAAUAUCUACUGGGAGGAACCACCUGUCCUCAGAAUAGACAGGAGCCAAAAUGCACAAAACUGGCAAGGCACUCAAUACACCCCCACUGUGGUUUUAUCAGAGAAGGCUUCCCCUCAUCUGAAAGCAGAGAAUAGCUUCACAUCCUACACUGAGGGAACAGUGAGCGUCUACAGCGAGGGUGCAUGCAAAAGCAGUGUGUAUUCUGAGAAUGCGAACGGUUGCUCCCCAGAGCCGUUGUACCAGAGUCGGUGGAUGAGCUCCAACACUGUGGAGGAGGUUGAAGUGCAGAGCAGCUCGGUGCAGGAGAAACCUGAAACGUACGAGGUGGAGGACGUGCUCUGUGAGACGGGCCACACCACUGGUGGAGAUUCGGCCACUGAAUCAGACACAUUUGAGUUGGAGGACUCUCAUUCAGAAAUUACAACCGAUGAAGAGCGCAGACAGUACAAGAAACAGUUUGAUAUCUUCCUCACUGAAUACAAGAACCUCUGUGCAGAAAUGGAUGAUAUCAGUGAUCAAAUGAAUGAACUGAGCCGAGAACUGGACACACUCCACGAGGAAUCCACCAAGUUCCAGGCUGUGGCUGAUGAAUAUAAUCGACUCAAGGAUCUGAAGCGGUCUCCAGAAUACCAGGCUAUGAAGCUCCGGUGUAAAACACUGAGGCAGGAGCUGUGUCAUAUCAAACAACUGGUGAAAAAUUAUGACAGAAGCUUUGCAAGAAGAGAGAAGACUAAUAUCACUGAUCACCAGGAUUUCUUUGUCUAAAACUGUACACAUGAUGAAUGCAUACACUUUAUACAUUACAAACGGUGUUGAGUGAGUUGUGUCUGUAAAGUUGCAGGAGUUGUAAAAUUAUUUCUUUACAGUUUGUAUAUAAAACUCCUAAAUAAAAUCUUUCCAUUGUAAUUUGAUAGGUAAAUGACAAAAAAAAAAGCACUCACCAGCACACAAUUCAAUGUAUGAUUCUCUUGUUUAAUCAAGCGGUCAUACACAAAUAUUUAUAAAGACAAAGAUAUUAAAAUGAAAACUGUACAUGUUGCCGUUUGGAUGCAUUUAUGUAUAUUAGACCGCCUGAUACGUUUCAAGGCCUAAAUAUGAGGUAAUAUUAGUCAUUCACAUGUAUGACAAGGCUAGAAAACGUACAUCUCACAACAAGAGCCAAAUACAACAUGCGGUCACCUGUGAAACGCCACACCAGAGCACUGCUCCACGAAAGACAAAACAGGCAAUGCCAGUUUCUUACCGAAAACAUAACAGACAGAUCCAGUCACUCCUCUUUAGUGUAAAGUGAGCAAGCUCAAGUGUGCUGAUAAAUUUAAAAACUGACCCAGCUGUGAAUGACAAAGUCCGUUUAAGUCUCAACAGACUGUAGAGGUAUUUCUUUUGGUCAACAUACAUAAUGUGACUAUUACCAGUUUAGCAUUAACUGGUAAGUGAAAAAACAAAACAAAAAGAAUAGCAGAAAAGCAGAUUAGAAACCAGCAGUAUGUCGAUGAACAACUUGCAUUAAGAAAGUUCACUGGUUUUUCCAUCUUAAAAAAAAAAAAAAAGCAUGACUACUUCAUUUGUCAUCUAGCUCA